AUGGUUGGAAAAGUAGUUAUCGUAACUGGUGGUAAUAGUGGAUUAGGUUUCGAGACAGCCAAAAAUUUAGCUGAGCGUGGAGCACGUGUAAUCAUAGCAUGUCGCAGUGUUCGACGUGCAGAGGAAGCUGUUAAGAAGAUCAUUGAGAUUACCGGGAAUAAAGAUGUUGAAUAUCGUCACCUUGACUUAGAAUCAUUUAGUUCAGUGCGCCAGUUCUGUGAGAAUAUAUUAAAAACUGAACAGCGUGUAGACGUCCUUAUCAAUAAUGCUGGUGCCGGCGGCCUCGGUAACUAUAAGACGGAAGAUGGCAACCAUAUAGGAAUACAGGUGAAUUACUUCGGAACAUUUUUAAUAACGAACUUGCUGCUACCACUUUUAAAAUCUUCCGCUCCAAGUCGAAUUAUCAAUCUUUCAUCAAUGAUACAUAAAUACGCAAAAAUGGACUUUGAAAAUUUAAAUAUGGAGAAGUAUUGGAGUGAUUAUUUAGUUUAUGCAAACAGCAAAUUAUACAUAAACUUGAUGACGAUCGAGCUUAGUAGGAGACUGCGAGGAACGAAUGUGACGGUGAAUGCUGUUCAUCCUGGCAUUGCAGCUACCAAUAUUUUUAGAAAUAUAAAGCCUAAAAUUAUUUUUAAUUUAGUAAGUAAAAUAAUUAGAUUUUUGUUUCUUAGUAAUUGGGAAGCAGCGCAAACAACAAUAUAUCUCGCUGUAUCGCCGGAGUUGCAAAAAGUAAGUGGUCGAUAUUACAGUAAUUGUCGAGAACAAAAACCAUCGAAGUUGUCUCAAGAUUUGGAAAUUGCUGGAAAGCUCUGGAAAGAAUCAGAAAAAUUAACAAAAUAUACGCCAAACGAUAAUAAUAAU